UUUUAAAAGAAAAGGAAGUAGAUUUUACUCCAAAAGGUAGAAAGUCAUUUCCAGUUUUUCAAUGACACAGACGCGGUUGAGUUCGAGUUAUUGAACGUAGAUUAGCACUCUGGAGGAGGAAGUCCUGAGUGGCAUGGUGCUGGGGACACCUUGGUGCUGACCAGGCAGGCCUUUGGGGUGCCUCCAGUUGCUGCUUCAUAAUUUCUGAUGACGUAGCUUGAUAUUUCCUUUAAUAGCAGUGAUCACAUUGACUGUUUUGAUCAUUUUUCCACCAGACCCUUUACAGACAGAUUUUCAUCUGAUAUAAUACAGCCUUGUGUGGGUGCCUGAUCUUUAUCAAAAGAAAAUGAUAACGUGAACUUUUAUUCACUUUAACUCUGGAGGCUACAUAGUAAUGAACUAAGGGGGAGAGUCUGAAGGAGAAGCAAAGGAGGGCAGAAAGGAAAACAUGAAAUCGGCCUUAACCCUUAAGGGGAAUGCAGGACUGCUAUAGUCUGCUCUGUCCUUCAGCAUUGACUGUAAACUGUGACGUAAGACUCUGAUGUCUGCCCUGGCUGGUUCAUGGUACCUGUGGUAGUGGGCACGGGAGAGCUGCUAAGAAAAUGUGAAUGGAAUUGCGUUAUCAACCUUUAUGUCUGUGUGUAUUUAAUGAGGCAGGUUCCGCUGUGUACCCCUGCUAGCCCACAGCUUGCUUUAUAUAUCAACCUGACAUCAACUUUGUGGGGAUCCUCCUGCCUCUGCUUCCCACAUGCAGAUUUUGUAGGAACUGGGCCUUGACACACAGCUUUGAGAGGAGGGAGCGGAAGGAUUUCUAAGUUGUGCCGCUGACUCACUUCCUUCCUCCCCCCCUCUUCCUCUCCUUUUUUUUUUUUUUUUCUUGUGACAAGGUUCACUACCUGGCUAGCCAGGAUCUCACUCCAUAGACCAGGCCUCAAACUCAGAGAUCCACCUGCCUCUGCCUCUGCCUCCUAAUGCUAGGAUUAAGGGUGUGUGCGCGCCACCACUUAACUUUGUUAUUUCUUAUGUUAGAAAUUUUUCUUGUGGGACAUUAGUAUGCUUUUCUAACCAUGGGGUAAAAUUAAAAGUUAAAAGGAACAGAACCACUUUUUUUCUUCUUUGCAUAUUGGAAAAAAAAGAAACUUUUUUUUUCCCUUUUUAAUUCAGGAGUAUAAUUUAGAUUGUUUUACUUCCUAAAAAUUUUACUUGUUUACCUAUUUUGAGGCAAGAUCUCUCUCUGUAGCCCUGGAUAGCUUUGAACUCAGCAAUCCCCCUGUCUUAGCCUCCCAAGUGCUGGUAUUUUAAGCAUAUGCAGCCAUUCUUCGUUUAAAAAAUUAUUUUUAAUUGACAAAUAAUUGCAUGUAUUUAGAGGAUACAAUGUGAUAUAUUGAUAGAAUGAUCUUAUCAAGCUAACUGUCACUUCAUAUACUUAUUUAUUUGCAGUGAGAACAUUUAAAAUCUCUUCGGCUGUUCCUGAAGUAUGCUAUUGUCAGCCAGAGCCACCGUGCUGUGCAAUUUAGUGGAGUUUAAUUUGGGUAGCCCCAAGAACGUCGGCCCCUUCCUCGCGGUGGACCAGAAACACAACAUCUUGCUCAAAUAUCGCUGCCAUGGUCCGCCCAUCCGCUUCACGAGCGUCUUUAGUAACGAGCUUCAUUAUGUGGCAAAUGAACUGAAUGGGAUUGUGGGGGGGAAGAAUACAGUGGUGGCCAUAGCCGUGUGGUCUCACUUCAGCACAUUCCCCUUGGAAGUCUAUAUCCGGAGGCUCCGGAACAUCCGCCGAGCUGUGGUCCAACUCCUGGAUCGAAGCCCUAAGACUGUGGUUGUCAUUCGGACAGGCAAUGCCCAAGAGCUGGGGCCUGAGGUGAGCCUUUUCAACAGUGACUGGUACAACUUUCAGUUGGACACUGUCCUUCGGAGGAUGUUCUCAGGGGUUGGAGUCUAUCUGGUUGAUGCCUGGGAGAUGACCUUGGCUCAUCAUCUACCCCACAAGCUGCAUCCAGAUGAAGUGAUUGUGAAGAACCAGCUGGACAUGUUCUUAUCUUACGUAUGCCCCUUGGAGACCUAAGUAUCUUCAGGCACACUAAAGGAAUCACAUUCAGUGACCUUCCCAAUUGACUUGUAGUACAGAAAAUUUGUGAUUGACUCCAUGGUCAGAUGGAUACUGUCCAUCUGUUAGACAUUUCAAAAAAGAGCUGUACUUUGCAUACUGACUUGUAAAGAACUUAGGCAGUAUACACUGCGUUUGUGUCUACCUAUAGGAUUUUUUCCAUCUUGACUUAGCCAUCAUAGAGCUCUUAUUAACAGUAUGUACACACUGUAUUGCCCUUGUAACCAAAGAUGCUAAGGAGUGUAUUUGAACUGGCCUCUCCUGGGGUGGAGAUUUCUGUGCUAAUGCCUUUGAGAAGUGUUUUGAGGAAACAAAAUGGAUGGAUUUGGUUGGCAAUGCUGUGUUUGCCACUUACCUGGUAAAGGAAAUGGAGCAUGUGUUCAGGAAUAGCACAAUGAUCCCUCCUCAGGACUAGAGAGUGUUUAUUGUCAGAGUUCCCAUGGCCAUGCUGAAGACUGCUGUAUCUCAGGAGUUUCUAUUGACAUUCCCCCCCCCCCAAAUUACUUGUAAAGGCCAGUAUGUGUGGUCAGAAUUUUAUAAUAAGGAUAGUAACAAUUUCCUGCUUUUAUCUAGGAAAGAGGCAACAGAAGAGCAUACAGCCUGUGCUUUGGAUCGGUGUUCGCGUUUGAUAAUUGUUUCUUACUUGAUUCAGCCAAGUUUUGUGUGAUGAAUACUUAUUCUAGAAUAACCACUUUUGGAAAUAAAUAUGGAAACAGAAGUUUAUUUUUUGUGUUCUGGAAUGUGUGGGUCUCAAGAGUUGACUUUUAUGUAAGGAAUGCUGCUGACUCUCGUGAGUUGUACAGUUUCUCCGAUCAGCAGAUCCAAGUGUUUCUCUUUUCUUGUAGCUGGCAUGAAGCAUAUGCUGAAAUUAGACAUUCAACCAGAUCAGAAGUUAAUAAAAUUAGAUAUUAAAAUCCAUGACAGGCAUUUUUUUUUUGAUUUGGGCAUAAAGUAUACAUACAUGUUGUCUUGUGCUUGGAAGCAAAAAGCUACCAUUUAGCUACCUGCUGUUCCUUCUAGCUUUCUGCCUUUUUGGACUGUGGCUCAAACCAGGGCCUUGGCCAUACUAGGCAGGCACUCUAUCGAGUUACAUUCCAAACUCAUUUCUGGACUUCCAAAAAUAACAGGGUUGGCCAUUUUUUUUAUUGGACUUUGUCUUAUUAAUAAUAAAUGGCUUUAAAUUAAAAUGAGGAUUAUUUAAUAAGUAGUUUUUGCAUUUUGAGAGGUUAUAAUUGACUUUCUGCUUUCCCUAAACAGACAUGUAUAAACGUUGGGGUGUCUUGGGAGAUAAAGACAGAUGCCGAAAGCAAGAAGACUAUGCACCCCUCAAAGGUUGAAAAAUCUGGGCUUUUAGUGUAGAGGGUUGAAGUUCUUUUCCUACUCUGGAGGACCAUUAAGUUUAUCAGAUGUUUUGUGAAGGAAAGUUUUAUGAUUGUUUUUGGAGUCUGAACAGGCCAGUGAAGUUAAAUGUAUUUUGGUAGCUUAGUUUUUGCAGAACUGACAUUUGAACAUGCAUGCUAGACAAGCUUUCUAGCCUUGAGCUAAGUCCCCAGCGCCCCACCCCCACCCCACCCCCUUUUAAAAACCUUUUUAUUUUUAGAGAAAGUCUCAGUAAGUUCACAGGUUAGUCUUGAUCUUGGUUUGUUGCCUACACAGGCUUUGAAUUCGCCAUCUUCCUGUCUUAGCCUUUCCAGUAACUGGACCUAAUGGCUUGUUUUCAGUGGUCCCUAAGCUUGCAGAAUUUGAUAAAAUGAAUUAGGGACUAUACCCCCACCCCUGGGGGGGAUUAUGGAAUUAACCUUUGUGAUAAAUGCCCAGAGAUGCUGGUGCAGUUGUAGGGUUCCACAUUUUGAGAAACAGAGACAAAGAGAAGAUUGAUCUAGAGACGUGACAUUGCUUAUCUAUUAUUUCAAGGCUUUAUCCAGUACUUAAUUCUGGUCAUGAUUCAAUAGUUUAGGUGAUAUUAGCUCCAUUUUUUACAGGAAGAACUCAAGUUUGAAUUGGACUAAAGUACACGGAGCCCAUGGCCCUGCGUAGCUACGGCUUGUUUGACUUAUGUAAAAAGAGGUUUUGUUUUUGUUUUGAGAACUUCUGACCAGUUCCUUAGGGAGGAGUUUGGGAGGAGGCCAAAGAGUCACUUUCCCAUGAAGUUUCAGGGACCGCCCACCAUGGGUUUAGAGUGAUUUCUAGGGCUGAUUUCUUGUGUCCUUGUUCAGUUUUUGCUUCUCAGGUUGUUUGCCCAAGCUUGUGACGGUUUGAUGGCACAUUUUCUUGAAGUCCCUUUUAGAACUUCCAUUCCUCUUUUGUCUUUAUAUACUCUGGUGUGGAAAUUUUUAUAGAAGCUAAAAUGUUACCUAAAUACUUCCCGUAACAGUUAGAUACAGGUUGAGCAUUUCUAAUCUGAAAAUCCAAAAUCUAAAACUUUUUUGAAUCACUGGGUCACACUCAAACGACAGAUGUGGGGCUGGAGACAUGGCUCAGAUUUCAGAGUACUUGCUGCUCCUCCAGAGGACUGAGCCUGAAUCCCAGCACCCAUGCCAACCGGCUCACAAACCACCAGUAACUGAUGCUACAGGUGUAUCCACUGCCCUCUUUUGGUCUACAAGGGCCACCUACAUUCAUGUAGCAUUCACUCACACACACACACACACACACACACACACACACACACACACACACACACACGGAAACAGACAGAGACAGACAGACAGACAGACACACAUACAGAUAAAACCAGAUGUAGCAUACGCUUUUAAUCCCAGCUCUUGGGAAGCAGAGGCAGGCAGAUCUCUGUGGACUCAAGACCAGUCUGGUCUUGAGUGAGUUCCACACUAACCAGAGUUAUGUGGUGAGACAUUGUCUCAAAACAAACCAACCAACUAACCAGCCAGCCAAC